AUGAUAAUCGUUGUGAUCGUGAUGGAGCUAGCUUUGGACGAAGAGGGUGCCCAGGUGACAGCCGUGACGUCGUACGACCCAAGCUUUCCUCCGGUUAAUAUCUUGGAUGGCGAACAAUCGUCAAUGUGGGUGACAACUGGAAGCUUUCCUCAAGAAAUCGUAGUGCAGCUUGCAACAACAGCGUCAGUCGUUCGUGCUAAAAUGUGGACACGAAAUGCCAAGGAAGUGACGGUAGAAUCUUGCAGUGGGCCAACACCUACAAAAUGGGAAAAGCUAUUUGACUCAAAGUUGAAGGAGACCGAUGGCGAGAUGCAAAUCGUUAACGAGAACGUUAAGCCGACGGAUGCGUCCUUCAUUAAGUUCAAGAUUCUUUCCGGUUGGGACGACUUUGUGGUAGUGCAUCGGGUCAGCGUGGAAGGCUCAACCUCUCGACGAUAA